AUGCCUGCCUCGCCUAUACAUAUUGCUUUAUAUUUGUCUAAUUUGUUAGAUUCCGGAUCAACGUACAGUACGGUAUCAUCUGCUGUUUAUUCAAUUAAAUGGGCACAUGAAAUGUGUGGUCAAAUUGACCCUACAAAUAACUCUUUUGUUGACAAUUUAGUUGAAUCAGCUAAAAGAACUGCUAAACCUGUUGUUAAUAAGAAAGACCCAGUCACUACUGAUAUCUUAAUUCGGUUAUGUUCUAUGUUUCAUUUUUCUACAGAUUUACUGGUAGUUAGGGAUCUUUUGAUGACUUUGCUAGGUUUCAGUGGUUUUUUACGUUUUAAUGAGUUAAGUCAGCUUAGAUGUAACGAUUUUUUCGUAAAAGAAGAGCAUUUAGUUAUUAAGAUUAGGCGAAGUAAGACUGAUCAGUACAGAUCAGGUGAUGAAAUUUUAAUUUGUAAAGGUCAUACUUUGGCUUGUCCUUAUGCUAUGUUUUUUAGAUAUGUAAGUUUAGCUGAAUUAGUUUUGGAUAGUGAUAUGUUUUUAUUUCGACCUUUGUACAGAAGUAAGAAAAAAUGUGCAUUAAUUAGUAUUAACAAACCUAUUAGUUACACUACUGCUAGGGAGUGUGUUAUUAAGAGAUUAAGACUAGUUGCACCUGAAUUGAAUCUUGGGUUGCAUUCUCUUAGGUCUGGUGGUGCCACUAUGGCGGCAAAUUCAGGUGUCAAUGAAAGGUGCUGGAAGCGCCAUGGUAGGUGGAAAAGUGAUUCAAGCAAAGACGGCUACGUAGCCGACUCUGUAGAAAGUAGGUUAGCCGUAUCUAAAACUUUAGGCUUGUAG